AUGAGGGGUCUUAAGGGGUGGGAGAAGUCUGCACAUUUAUUUUCCAGCCAGACUUCUGGCUGUGCCCACUGGCAUCACAAGCUCUUCAUCCCUGGGGAAAGUGCUGGGUUUCUGAAGAUGCUGAGGCCCCAAGAGGGCAUCAUCUCAGAGCACCUCUGUCCUGCGUUUGCCCUUGAGACAUCCCUGACAGUGCUCAGAGAAGACGCCUGCCCCGCCUCUGUGCUUCUGACAUACACACCUCUCUGCUCACUCUCAGGGGAGCUGGGAGUGGGCGGGCCCAGUGGGGUCAAGAGCAAGCGGGGCAUCUGA